AUGCACGUGCCACAACUUGACCAGCUGUCGAAUGAAGUGGUACUCACACUGAAUGAUCCAACGCCAUUUCCGGCUGGACAAGCGCUGCGUCCUAUACUGAGAACACGCAAGGACGACACACCCUUUUCCACCAAAGAAUCUGCUGAGUUAAUGAGAUACUUCAUCGACAAUUGCGCUUGCUUCUUCGACUUCAGCGAUGCCGACAGACAUUUCGCGGACGAGGUCCCCCUCAGAGCUCGCCAGAAUGCAACGUUGGCCAACGCGAUGCUGGCCCUGGCUGCUCGGCAUCGAAGUCGGACGGGCGAGUUUGAACAUUUCGCAGCCGAUCGAUAUUACAACGUGUGUCUUCAAACCAUGAUCCCAAAGCUCGGGGACAAGUCGGCGAUCCAAGACGAUGAGCUUCUUGCAGCCAUAGUCAUUCUACGACUAUUGGAAGAGAUGGAUGUACCAAUCGUGGGAUCAGACCCUCAGAAACACCUCUUCGGGACCCAGGCCCUUAUCAACGCGUCUCAGGCUCGCCCUCAGCUAUCAGCAACGGCAUUGAGAAAGGCGUGCUAUUGGGCGGCUUUUCGCCAGGAAAUUUUCAUGUCCAUCACUACGCAAAGACCUUUCAACCUGAUUCUGCCCGAGAUGCAGCCGCCUUCGAGCCCUGCGGAUGACUGGUCGUGGACGGUCCAGGCCACGUACCAAUGUGGCAAAGUACAGGCCUUUGUCUUUGGCGAGGAAUCUACAACGAUGUCAAGGUAUCUGCAAUUAAUGGAAGAUAUCGAGACAUGGCAAAGAGAUCGUCCAGCAUCUUUUGACCCUGUAUACCAAGGGCUGAACCGUCUGGAGCACGCUUUUCCAGAUAUUCGGAUUCAGAUGGAUUGUCACGUCAUGGGUUGGCAAUACAUAACCAUGGCACAUCUGUUGCUCAGCGCACACCGUCCAUUGCCCCGUGUUGGUCCAUCCCAUAGGCGAACAAUGAUGGACAUGGAAGAGGUCGUCAAACGAGACGUCAGGACAUUAUGCGGAAUAGCUCAGUCAAACCCACAAACCCCUCCGGCUAGCCUAGUGGCCUGUAUGGCCGUAGCAUUGUGCAAGUUCGCCUCUCCUAGCAUUGGGUCCUAG